AUGGCAGCGACCUAUUUCACAUACGUGACAAACGUCUCGAAUGCAUUAGAGACACUCAUUAAGACAACGGGAGUGAGAAUUGAACCGGCAGUAGUGGAGUUUGUAUCCUGCGGUAUUGAUUUUCAUGAACAUUUUGUGCCAAAAACGUCACUAAAGAAGCAUUUGAGGAAAUGCCAUGGAGAAAAGCGUGCUCGACCUAUUCCGAAUGCAGCUUUCUUUUAUGGCAGACGCAAUGAAGAAGACGCAGUGAUUUCUCAUGAUAAACCUAGUACAAGUGUCAAUGACAGUGCUACUGGUCGUCAAGUACAAGCUGAAAGUGACAGUGACAUUGUUGCUGAUAUUCAAGUGCCAGCAGAUGACACUGAAUGUGUCGAUGAUGAGAGAUCGCAAAGCUCUGGAUUCCAGAGUCUGGUAGAGCCCAAAGCAGGUCAGUAUGACAAGCAGAAAACGACACUUGAUGUAGCCGACGGAGUGAUCGCUGCAAUCGAAAGAGCUGCCGUUUCUGCGACGACAUUCUACGAACACGUACAAGCAUGGCAUCGUAUUCCACAUGCAUUUGCUACGAUAAACGAUCGUGAACGCGCACUGGUAAAGCAGUCGUCGUUGCGUCGGUGGCUGAAUGCAGAGCUGAGUCGUCCUGGAGUGCUUCCUAGUGGUGAGGCACUCGAUCAGGAGCUGGUCGACUAUAUCGUUGGAUUGUUGGAACACCCUGACUUUUGUGAGCCUGAUCUGCUGGUUUUGGAGUUGCACGAGUUCCUGGGCAACAACAAUGUCUCCAACAUCGUGCUGGCGCUUUGGAAGUUUUUGAUCGUCGAGAUCGGUCUGCAAAGUGUAUUUCAAAAGAGAGAAAAGAGUGAGAAAAAGAGAACGACGAUCCAAGCGCAGUCUUCAGUCCAUAGCCAUGACUCUAUGACCACGAGUGCUAUGCUCAACAAUAACUCCCACACGCAAGCGAGUGAUGCAAAGAGUGAACUCCAUUACAAACGUCGACGUGCUUCGUACCGUGGAAAAAUAGGUACAAACACCGGUCUCGAGGCAUAUCGAGAUCUGAUUCAGAAGCACAUGGUCGGUCUCAGUCAUGAAAUGGAUUGGGACCUCGUACUUGGUGGUGGAUUUCAAGAUGAUGAUGACACACAUCGCAAGAAUCGGUUGACGGUAUCGGAAUCUUGUUUGAAUGCGACAAAUUGGUUUCGGUUUACGGAUGCGCUGGAGUUAACGCCCAUUUUUGAAAAAGUAGCGACGGAAUUAAAAGGUGAAGUAAACGUUGCCAAAGUAGAUGUUACAGAAAACGGCCAAUUGGGGAAACGGUUUCAAAUUCGUGGCUUUCCCACGUUGUUACUUUUGAGUCAUGGUAAAGUAUACAAAUAUGGAGGUAAACGUACUGUGUUGGACCUGUUAAACUUUGUACGUGGUGGUUAUCAGUCCAUGGAAGGUGAAAUCAUUGCACCAGCUCCAAGUGUAUGGACGAUUAUGAUGGAACAUGCAGUCGAUCUUCAAAAGGAUUUGAUCACGUUAUUGGAGACGAAGAAGAAUGUACUUCUUGUUACAUUCUCAAGUGGAUUAGUACUUGGGACAGUACUUGGUUGUUUAUGUGGAUGUUGCACACGUCGUGGGACAAAAAGUGCCAAGGUGAAGAGCGAGUAA